AAGUGGCGAAUUUUGAAUAGGGCUGUUGAAACAAAACAUUCAAGCAGUCAAAUUCGCCGCACUUCUUCGUCUCAAUUUUGUAGAGAUGGAUGAAGAAGAGAGCACAGAGCGGCAGAUGCAGAUUGCCAUGCUGUGCCAAAAAUUGGCAAUGAUGAAGCAAUUGUUCAAUGAAGAUGACACAGAUUAUAUAAAUCAGGCAAUUAGCUCAAACUCACCGGACACCUGCCGGACAUUUCUGAGCAAUCUGGAGAAGAAAGGCAAUCCUCAAGCAGACCCCAGCCUGCUCAGCAAGCUCAUGGACAGCUACACGAGGGUCUUUUCCAGUAUGCCAUUGGGCAAGUACAGUCAGAACGAGAGCUACGCCAAGAUGCUGGUCAGAUUUGCAGAAUUAAAAGCCAUCCAGGAUGUAAAUGAUGCGCAGACUAGUUUCGAUAUAGCGAGGUCCCACUGCAAAGAUUUUGCCUUUGUUCACGUCGCUUAUGCUCAGUUUGAGCUUUUGCAAGGCAACAUGAAGAAAUGCACUCUGAUUCUUCAGAAGGCAUUUGAAAUGAAUGCUAAGCCCAGACACAUUCUAGAGGCUGCAGUGCGCAAUCUGAAGACCGGGAAACGCCAGCUUCUCUCGCAUGAAGAUAAGGAGAACAUAUCAGUAUCUACACUGGACCACACACAAGGCUCCAGAAGAUCAGAUGGGACGUGUGAACUGAAGCCCAGCAGCACGUUUCUCCACAGCAGUGAUCAGAAGUUCAGUCCUCAAGAGGAGAACGUGCCCAUGUACCAGCACAGAAGAACAGCCAUGGCUGAAAGAGUUCCCAUGGUGCCUCUGUCCAUCCCUGAAAACGAGACCAGUGACACUGACUGUGCUCAAAAACCAGAAGCUCCUUUUACCUAUAGCAACAGUUUCUCCAGACAAACAAGUGGUUCAAGUGUCCGCUCUGCAUUUCCAUUUUGCUCCUCAAAGAAGGGCACUCCAGAUGGAGAUUCCUACAGCUUAAACAUAAAGCCACCUGUUAUCAGUCCAGAUUACCUUCGGGAAGACGUUGAAGAGGGUCACACCAUCACAGCACUCCUGCACAGAGCAGACAGAAGAGAAACAGCUAGAACAGAAGAAACCACUGACAUCAACCAGAUCAUCAGCACAAACUCGACUGAAGGUUGCCAGACCUUCCUGAAAUACCUCGAGAAGAGAGCAGACCCUCAUUCAGACGCAGCGUUUCUCUCCAAACUCCUGGACUGCUACUCUAAAGUGUUCGCCAGGUUUCCUUUGGCAGAACAUUGCAAAACUGAAAGCUAUGCUCGAAUGCUGGUUCGAUAUGCAGAGCUGAAAGGAAUUGAAGAUCCAGAAGAUGCUGCAGAUGAUUUCAGUAUUGCCAGGUCACACUGUAAAGCUUUUGCUUUUGUGCACAUCGCACAUGCUCAGUUUGAGCUCUCACGAGGUAAUUCUAGGAAGAGUGUUUCGAUUCUUCAGAAAGCGCUGAGCUCCAACGCUCGACCAAUUGAACUGCUGCAAACUGCCAUCAGGAACCUGAAAUCUGGGAAAACUCUUUUGCUUCCUGCUGAGCAUCAGGAGAACUCUGAAGCUGACGAUGUGGAAGCUCAAAAUAAUAUAAAGAAAGAAGAAAAUCCAGUGAAGGCUCCUGAGGAUCAUCACAAACCUUUUUCCAAGGAGACUUCAUCAGAAUGGAAGAUUCCAGCUCUCAUUACCAAACACACAUCUCCUGAGGAUCGUAAAGCUCCAGCAGAGGCGUUUUCCUCUUCAUCUUCCCAUCAUGCAAUGCGAACGCCUGCACCUUUACGAUUAAACCCCUCGCUCAGCUGUCAGACACCCAACUACAGACACUCAAAUCCUAACAGUUUUGUGACUCCUGUGGUGAAACAGCGGCCUGUGAUUGUGUCUGUUCCAGCGACGGCUCAGAAAAUGGGUCCGACUGCGCUGCCCUGCACGCCUCAGAGCGGAGUGUCCUACAUCCAGCCCCCCGCGCAGACUCCUUCUUCAGCCUUCUCAAAUGAAUCCAUUACAAUCAAGGGCAAACAGUUCUUCAUUUUCAAGAUGAUCGGCCGGGGAGGAUCCAGUAAGGUAUAUCAGGUCUUUGACCAUAAGAAGCACGUGUACGCUGUCAAAUAUGUGAAUCUGGAGGAGGCUGAUGCUCAAGCAGUGGAAAGCUACAAGAAUGAGAUCGAGCACUUGAAUCAUCUUCAGCAGUACAGCGACCAGAUCAUCAAACUCUAUGACUAUGAGAUCACCAGCAGCUACAUCUACAUGCUGAUGGAGUGCGGACACCUGGAUCUGAACACCUGGCUGCGCAACCGCAAGACCGUCAAACCGCUGGACAGGAAGGCAUACUGGAGGAACAUGCUGGAGGCUGUGCACACCAUCCACAAACACGGCAUCGUCCACAGUGACUUAAAGCCAGCUAAUUUUUUGAUAGUGGAUGGUUCGCUGAAGCUCAUAGACUUUGGAAUCGCCAACCAGAUUCAGCCUGACGUGACCAGUAUCAUGAAGGACUCACAGGUGGGAACUCUGAACUACAUGCCACCGGAGGCCAUUAAAGACACGUCCUCCAAUGGAAAGCCGGGGUCAAAGAUCAGUGCUAAAGGGGACGUGUGGUCUCUGGGCUGCAUCCUCUAUUGCAUGACAUACGGCAAGACUCCGUUCCAGAACAUCACCAAUCAGAUCAGCAAAAUCCAUGCCAUCAUCGACCCGUCCCACGAGAUCGACUUUCCCGACAUUCCUGAAAAAGACCUGCUGGAUGUGCUGAAGAGGUGUUUAGUUCGCAACCCUCGAGAAAGGAUUUCCAUCGCGGAGCUGCUCGAUCAUCCAUACCUGCAGCUACAGCCACAACCUGCACCUGAGCCAGCAGAAACGUCCUCCAGUGAUUUUAAGAGGAUCCUCAAUGAACUGGUGGCUCUUCAGUCUCCAAACAGUAUCGCUAGAGCGGCUAGCAAUUUAGCCAUGAUGUGCAACAGCGGGAGGAAACUGGAUGUUUCUGAAUGUGUGAAAAGCUCCAGUCAGACGCUGUGGAAAUGAAGAGGACGUUCAAACCCACAGGACUCAAACCACUGAUCGUAAACACUCAGGAGUCUUUCCUCACCGCAUACAACAUGUCAGGCAAAACCGCUUCCACAUUAUCACUUCAUUCUAGAUGCCUUUCCCCCCAUUUCUUCUUUACCGAUUCUGUGUUUUUUUGUUUUGAAUAUACGAUGUAGUCUAAGAAAGUGUACGUGAUGAAUAAACAUACCUUAGUCAAGUACA